CUGCGUACAAGACUUAAUAUUGUGCAAGCAAAGGAGUCGCAAAAAGGAAUAGCUGUCUAUAGAAUGAAAUACGCCAUAGUAAUUGCCUGUGCCGCCAUAGCGGUGGCCAGCAUCAAUGCCGCCAGUGUGCCAGGCGUGCCAGGCGUGCAGCCGGGCGUGCAGCCGGGCGUUAGGGCAAUCGACAACCAACUCUACCGCCGUUAUGUGUGCGUUCAUAAGCCCGAUGGAUUCCGCGCUUUGGUCCCCGGAAGUUGCUCCCAGUACUACGAGUGUCAGUCAGGUGUGGCCCUUGUCAACGUCUGCUCGCGCUUCUUCGAUGCCAAGGCCCAAGGCUGUGUCAACUACAACACUGGCUGCAUUGAGUUUCAGCCUGCAUCGGCAAGCUCUCCUGUAGGAGGCUCGAUCGCAGCAGUGCCGUGUGCGGAGGAAACUACAACCUGUGCACCACAAAUCACAACUACAACAACAUGUACACCAGUUAUAACAACUACAACAACCUGCACGCCAUCUAUCACAACCACAACCUGCGCACCAACAACCACAACAAUCUGUACACCAGCCAGCGUAACAACCACAACAACCUGUGCGCCAGAAAUUACAACUACAACAACAUGUACACCAGUUAUUACAACUACAACAACCUGUGUACCAACAACCACAACAACCUGUACACCAGCUACGACAACAACAUGUACACCAGCUUCGACAACAACAUGUACCCCAGAAAUUACAACUACAACAACCUGUGCACCAACAACCACAACCACCUGUGCACCAACAACCACAACAACCUGUACACCAGCAAUCGUAACAACCACAACAACCUGUGAGCCAGAAAUUACGUCUACAACCACAUGUACCCAAGAAAUUACAACUACAACAACCUGUGCACCAACAACCACUCCAACCAGUGCACCAACAACCACAACAACCUGUACACCAGCAAUCGUAACAACCACAACAACCUGUGAGCCAGAAAUUACGUCUACAACCACAUGUACCCAAGAAAUUACAACUACAACAACCUGUGCACCAACAACCACUCCAACCAGUGCACCAACAACCACAACAACCUGUACACCAGCAAUCGUAACAACCACAACAACCUGUGAGCCAGAAAUUACGUCUACAACCACAUGUACCCAAGAAAUUACAACUACAACAACCUGUGCACCAACGACCACAACAACCUGUACACCAGCUACCACAACAACAUGUACUCCAGAAAUUACAACGACAACAACCUGUGCACCAACAACCACAACAACCUGUGCACCAACAACCACUCCAACCAGUGCACCAACAACCACAACAACCUGUACACCAGCAAUCGUAACAACCACAACAACCUGUGCUCCAGAAAUAACAACUACAACAACAUGUACACCAGAAAUUACAACCACAACAACCUGUACACCAGCUACCACAACAACUUGUACACCAGAAAUUACAACUACAACAACCUGUGCAUCAACGACCACAACAACCUGUACACCAACAACCACAACAACCUGUACACCAGCAAUCGUAACAACCACAACAACCUGUGCUCCAGAAAUAACUACUACAACAACAUGUACACCAGAAAUUACAACCACAACAACCUGUACACCAGCUACCACAACAACUUGUACACCAGAAAUUACAACUACAACAACCUGUGCAUCAACGACCACAACAACCUGUACACCAACAACCACAACAACCUGUGCACCAACAACCACAACAACCUGUGCUCCAGAAAUUACAACUACAACGACAUGUACACCAGAAACUACAAUUACAACAACCUGUGCACCAGCAACCACAACCACGUGUGCACCAGGAAUUACAACUACAACAACCUGUGCCCCAGCAACCACAACAACCUGUGCAUCAGAGACCACAACAAGCUGUGCAUCAUCAACAACGACAACGGAAUGUGGACCCGUAAACGGAGUCUCCGGUUCUUCGAAGGCGAGGCCAACGUCUGUAAAAGUGCGACCAGCGAGACCCGUGCGCCCUGCCGUUCGUCCCGCAUUGGAAAUCGAUGAACUGUCGGCUCCCCAAGCCCAAGAGCUAACCAUGUCCACCUAUACAAAAUACGUGUGCCGCAACAAGCCCGAUGGCUUCAUGCUGGCGUCCCUGAAGAGCUGCUCCGACUACUAUAUCUGCCGGUAUGGAAAGCCACUGUUGGUGAGCUGCGGCGAUAAAUACUUCAACGCUCUGAAGGGCAUUUGCGAUCUGCCCGAGAACACGCGUUGCGUGCAGCCCCAAGCAUAAAACUUCACGAUGACUUCCUAAACGAAAUCACCAACGAAUUAGCCUCUAAGAGCACUACCUGACCCCACCUUGAUAUUUGUGCCCGAUCGAUUCUUUAUCAUAUGUACUAAAAUUUCAAUAUAUGCAAAAGCUAAUACAAGCUAAAAAAAA